AUGGACGGUGAAGAAAGUUCAGCGUAUAUUCUUCGACUCGACUCUUCUAAAAAUUUAGCAAAUUCUUCUGAAUCUGCGUCCAUUCCUCAAGAAUCAGGACCUAGUAAUCGACAAACUAAACGUAAAUUAUCAACAGCUCAAGAUAUGCAUAUGGAUAUCAGCAUCCCUGAUGAGAUAACUGAAACCAAAACUACACUUGAGUACGAUAACCAAAAUGAUUUGUGUGAAUCUAUUCCUGGCCUUUAUCGACUACUGGAUUUGUGCAAGGAUGAAGGUUCCAAUGGACUUG